AUGUUUGACAGCUCGCAGUAUCCCUACAAUUGUUUCAAUUACGACGCCGACGACUACCCAGCGGGCAGCUCGGACGAGGAGAAGCGGCUCACGCGGCCGGCGUACAGCUACAUCGCGCUGAUCGCCAUGGCCAUUCAGCAGAGCCCGACGGGCAGGGUAACCCUGUCUGGAAUCUACGACUUCAUCAUGCGCAGGUUCCCGUACUACCGCGCCAACCAGCGCGCCUGGCAGAACUCCAUCCGCCACAACCUGUCCCUCAACAGCUGCUUUGUCAAGGUGCCACGGACCGACGGCCACGAGAAGGGCAAGGGCAACUACUGGACCUUCGCCGGCGGCUGCGAGUCACUGUUGGACCUUUUCGAGAACGGCAACUUCCGCCGGCGGCGGCGCCGGCGCGGCCCCAAGGGCGCGGAGGCGAGGGGCGCGUGCGGGACAGAUGCGGGGGCGCCCCCAGGCCCCCCUAACCUGGCCAGCGCACCGGCGACCCCAAUCCCCCCCCGCGAACCCCCGACCCCGGCCAGCCCUGCCGUCCUGGGGAGGGAGGCGCACAGGGACAUCAAGUUCAGCAUUGACUACAUCCUCUCCACCCCUGACCCCUUUCCUGGAUGCAGGUCACCCCACGUACAAGAGGGCAGACACCCCCCGCUGGAGGCCCGCCAGGUGAACCUCCACCUUUGGACCAUGUGA